GGCGAUGAGAACAAAGACGAUGACCGAUCCGCUUCUCGGGGUGUGAAUGGAAACGGGGGGCAGAAUGUAGGAGAAAGAAGAGACUCCCACCCUCCCUCCCCCACCUCCACACCAUGCCGCUGGUGCUCCGUUCUGUUCUGUUCGGGUCCGUAACGCUGCUGGUGCUGCUUCUGAUCAUUGACGAUAUUGCAGAAGUGGAAAAAGAAGCUGCAGAUCUUGGACGGAAGAAGAUAAACUUACAGCAACUCAUCCCCAAACCCCACAGGAAAGCCGCAGCUCAUCCGGAUCCGACCUCUGUGAUAAAAACACUGAAGGAUCCUAUUGGUCUGAGUUACAAUAACCACUCAUUAAAAACCUGGACCUUCAAUAAGACCCUCUCCAACCUCAUCAGGAAAAACAUCCUGCAAUUUCUUGACCCAGAAAGAGACAUAUCUAUUUUAAAGGGCACGCUGAAGCCGGGAGACAUCAUCCACUAUGUGUUUGAUCGCCACAGCACCACUAACAUCUCCGAAAAUCUCUACCGCCUGCUGCCGACCGUGUCGCCGAUGAAAAACCAGCACCACAGACGCUGCGCCAUCGUGGGAAACUCUGGGAUUCUGCUGAACAGCAGCUGUGGAUCCGAGAUCGACGCUCAUGAUUUUGUGAUCAGGUGUAACCUGGCACCGGUGGACGAAUACUCCCAGGAUGUGGGACGGCAGACGAACUUGGUGACCAUGAACCCGUCUGUGGUUCAGCGGGCUUUCCAGGACCUGGUCAGUGAGGAGUGGAAGCAGCGCUUCCUGCAGCGCCUCCAGAGCCUCGGGGGCAGCGUGCUGUGGAUCCCGGCCUUCAUGGCCAAGGGGGGCGAGGAGCGCGUCGAGUGGGCCCUUCGCCUCAUUCUGCGUCACACCGUGGACGUGCGCACCGCCUUCCCGUCGCUGCGACUUCUCCACGCUGUCAGGGGAUACUGGCUGACCAAUAACGUCCACAUCAAACGUCCGACCACAGGCCUCCUCAUGUACACCAUGGCGACCCGCUUCUGCGAGGAGAUCCAUCUGUACGGCUUCUGGCCAUUUCCAGUGGACUCGCAUGGCAAAGCAGUUAAAUACCACUACUACGACUCCCUGAAGUACGAGUACACCUCCAGCUCCAGUCCUCACACCAUGCCCUUGGAGUUCAGGACGUUGAGCACGCUGCACAGACAGGGGGCGCUCCGGCUCCACACAGGGAGCUGUGAGAUGGAGAACAGCCGGAACCAGGUUUAAGGCAGUGCAACAUUUCCCUGUCACUGCUUGUCUUGUUAGGACUUUGUAUUACUACUUCCUGGAUUGGUUCCGGAAUAUUUUAACUUUAAAUAAAUUCAUGGCCCACUUUUUUGAGUGUGCCAAGAUUAAAAGAUAAAUAAAUGCCACAGAUCACAAUUCGAUUUUUCAAGUAUUUGUACUAUGAGGCAUUAAGUGCAGAUACAAGUACAAGCGAAUAAGUGCAAGUAGGCUGUGCAAAAACUAAAAAUACACGCUGAAUGUAUGUAGUUUACAAGAUCUGAAGCUUUCGUUAAAUGCAGACGCUGGAUUGGAACCCAGAGGGUUAACAAAACAAGAGCUCUUCAAGAGUUUGAUGUGAAUUCUGCCGCCUCGAGCUGUCCACUUUGAGUGAGUUGCUGGGCAAACCACCAGAGGGGGCCCUAAGAAUCUGAGGAAAUGAUGUACAGUACAAAAAAAAUCAGCUCUUACAACAGAUUGGUGUCAUUUUUUUCUAGCCUACAAUUCUGAUAAUAUUUCUUUUGUAUGUUUUGUGCUUUUGUACCAUCUUUAUAAAAGUAUCAGUAAGUGUUAAAAGGUAUUUAUUUCUAAAAUAAUAGCUAAGGAUAAAGUUAGGAUGCCUUAAAAAGAAAGGAUCAGCUGUGAUUUUAUUUGAAUGUUGAUAACAGUUAAUCUGAAGAGCUCCUUAAAGCGCACAAUAUCAGUUUAUGCACUAGAAAUGACAGCAAUGAAGUUAGAUAGUACUGCAAUGUCAUCAAAAAUAGUAACACCUGAAUGCAUAGGAGAUUUCCUUUCCAUAUUUUUGGCGGUAGUUUAUUGCACCGAUGAAGAUUAGCUGAAAAACACCAUUGCCUCCUCAUUACCUUGGAUAACGAUACUUGUGUAGGGUCUCGGGAUCAGUAUUACUAUACGAGAUAAAGUUGGAUUCCCCAGAGGCUGCUCUUUUGAGCCCGUAAUCAAAACAUUCCAGCGUUUUAAAAGUGCCCUCCUCACAUGCUCAGAAAAAAAGGGAUGAUCACAUUUAUUAUGAAUGGAGCAGAUCUAGGAAAAAAAAAAAAAAACAGAUCCUCAACUGUCUUCACAUUGGUUCUCAUUA